AAGUUCCUAAACAAGGCCCAAAAUGCUUGAAGUUCCUGAACUAAACCCUAAAUAAGUCUGAGUUUCUUGUUUCUGUGUUUUCAUUAUUAUAGGUUGUUCAGUUCUUGACGGAAAAGCACCGGAGCCGCCGUUUCCUUAGCAUCUCUUCUCUUCUGUGUUGCCACAAUGGUUAGGGUUAGUGUGUUGAAUGAUGCUCUCAAGAGCAUGUACAAUGCUGAGAAAAGAGGGAAGCGCCAAGUCAUGAUUAGGCCAUCCUCCAAAGUCAUUAUCAAAUUCCUUUUGGUGAUGCAAAAGCAUGGUUACAUUGGAGAGUUUGAGUAUGUUGAUGACCACAGGGCUGGUAAAAUCGUUGUUGAAUUGAAUGGUAGAUUGAACAAGUGUGGGGUUAUUAGUCCCCGUUUUGACGUGGGUGUCAAAGAGAUUGAAGGUUGGACUGCUAGGCUUCUCCCCUCAAGACAGUUUGGGUAUAUUGUAUUGACUACCUCGGCUGGCAUCAUGGAUCAUGAAGAGGCUAGGAGAAAGAAUGUUGGUGGUAAGGUCCUGGGCUUCUUCUACUAGUUUAUUUUUUAUUGAGCAUGAAAGGGAUUUCAUUUUUGAGGUUCACCGGUUGUAAUGGAGGAUAUGCUUGACCCCUAGCAAUAUCAAGUAUCGUAGGAGCUGUUUUAUGAUCUUUAUUUUGCUUGCAAAAUUAAGUUGGUCACUAUAACUGUUCAGAUUUCUUUAUCAUUAUUUAUUAUAUCAAGAUGUGUUGCACAAGUUAUUUUAA